AUGAGUGAUCUAAUGCUGAAGAAUCACGUAUAUGGAGUAUUUCGAGUCGGGUAUAAGAGCAAAACCACACAACUGAAAGUGGAUAUUCUCGUUAUGGAGUAUCUAUUUUAUAAACAUAAUGUUAAUCAGGUUUGGGACUUGAAAGGAUCUUUGAGAAAUCGGAUGGCUACUACAGCAAAAAGCACAUCAGAUCUCGUUUUACUUGAUGAGAAUCUAAUGAAAGAUCUAUGGAAUAAACAGUUGUAUAUAUAUCCUCACGCUAAAGCUGCUUUAAAUCAAGCAAUCAGCAACGACAGCCAUUUUCUCAGUUCUCAGCAUGUUAUGGACUACUCAUUAUUGGUGGGUGUUGAUGAAACAAAUGGAGAGCUGAUUUUAGGUAUUGUCGAUUAUAUGAGAACAUAUACACUCGAUAAGAAACUCGAAUCAUGGGUGAAAAUUGUCGCUAUACCUGGAGCACAUUUGCCAACGAUUCUCAGUCCUGAGAUGUACUGUACACGGUAUGAA